UCUUUCUUUAAAAACUUAAUGCUAAUACUUUAUUGUCACGUCAACCCCUCUGUCAAUUUUAUAAGCUGACCAUGUUAUUUCGUAUUUAUUUAUUAAGUUUUUUAUUACAUUUUACAACGAGCAGGGUUAAUAAGCAUUUAAAGAUAUCGUGUGGCUUGGACGAAGUUUCAAGAGAUUCCGUAGCUAUGAAGUUUUACGUACAUAUUAAAAAUAUAGGCAAGGACUGUAAAGUGGAAUGCAUCCCAGGCAGAUGCUGCACAGAGCAGGGGGAUGAGGAGAACUGCGAUGUCGUGAAGUUGUUUGGGGGGUGUUUGCAGAAUGUUCCCUCUGGUGAGACAAGGACAGUGCGAUUAGCUGCGCCUCUUCUCGACCCCUUCGAGAGGCGUGGCUUCUGUGUCGUACACGUCAAUUCAAAACUCAAAGAUCAUCCACUAUACCGGGACACAGUGACCAUACCCUUCGACACCGGCCGACCCUCUGACGUCACACCCUGCGCGCGCGUCGAUCAUGACGCGCUCAACGACUGCCAGCCAGUCAACUGUGACACUUAUUACAACGGCCACAAGCCACAUUUUAGCAAGCGCCUAAAACGAUGUAUAUCAGCAGUCACCUGCUCUGAAGAUGACAUUUACGAUGAGGAUUUAAACAAAUGUGUGGCCGGAAUAACAGAAGACGAUAUUAAAGAAAUAAAGUCCUUAAGUGAUGGACAGAGAAUGAAAAACAAAGAUCAUAAGAAAAUUUUAACAAAUACUACGAGAACUGCAGGCGCUACGCGGUAUGCGGGAUCACAGAAAAUCAUAGAUUAUAACUUUUGCAAAUUACCAAAAAAGUUUUUAGACUGUUUGAAAUCGCCAAAAUUUUUGAUUGGUGUAAUUUGCGUGCAGUGCUGUUUAAUUAUUUUAUUAGCCUAUUAUAAUAGAGACAGAUGUUACUGUUUUAGAAAAGAUAAAAAACUUUUAAAUAAGUUCUUUAAUUAUAGACAAGAUGAUUCCAUAACCACACCUUUAAUAAGCACAAGCCAUGGUACACUAACUACGUGUCAAUUUCAGACUGAUUCUUCGUCUAACAUUGACACGAAAAUAAAAUUGUAUAAAGCUUGUCAAGAGAAGAAUGCUAAAGCUAGCAUGUCAGAUGAUAUUCUAUCGAGAUGUCUUAAAAGACGAGAUUGGAUAGCGAAGCCUAAAUCCUCAGAAAUUAUACAAAGUAAAGAUCACGGUAUACAAGUAUAUGAUACAGUAGAGAAAUCAGAACACGGGACAUCUAACAUAAAUCAGGAUAUCGUGCCAGUAAUAUCAUCAGAGCAGCAAGUGAAAUGUUUUGAAUAUGAACCGCAUGACUUCUACACAAAAUAUGUAACAUCACUUCAGAGAACGCAUUCAUUGACAGAAAAUUGCGCUCAAGCAAAUUUUCCGAAGGAUUCUAUAGAGGAUUUUUUAUCAGAACGCGGUCGUAGUCCAUCUAAUUCAAUGUCAGGGUCUAGUAGGACUUCUAAGAAUAAUUUAGAUACGGUUCUUUCGUUACUGUCACAGAAGGUGCUGCCAUUAUCGGAUCAUGGAAGCGAGGAUUUAGAGUUGUUACAUAUGUCGCGGGUCUCCGUUUAUUCUUCAUCAAACGCAUCAGAUUUAUGA